GAGGUCAUACCAAUUCACAUCACGUCCCACGUUACUUCAUUUUCACCUUCGACACUGUCGCGUCAUCAACUGGACUUGACUGUCUACAUCGCCACGCGCUUUUAUAAUUCUUUAUCACGGGAAGAAACAACCCAUCAAGUCACUCAGCUUGCAUCAUAAAUUCUUGCGCGGCCCAAACUCACUGUCGUCGUCGAAUGAACUGUUCGUGGUGUUGUGAGAGCCUGUCUUGUGCAGGUCUGCUGAGUCAGCAGAUUGCAGGGUGAAAAAUGGAGGCGGGAGAUGGGAGAAGUUCCUCCAAUGACCUGUCCAGCGCACCACCAAGCGAUGCUGAGAGUACACCGGGACCCCUGACUUAUCUAACAAAACCUCACGGCAUCCAUGUCUCUGGCAAGAAUGGUGUCAUAGGUGCACCUACGGGCUUACCUCAGGGGACUGCCCUGCCGACGACGCAGCCUGAAGUCAAGGUCAAAAGACAACGAAAGAAAAAAGACCCCAAUGCUCCUGCCGAGCCUGAAAAAGAGAGAAAGAAACGCGCUCCUGCUAAACCUCGAGUGACCUCUGGUACCACUGCGCCAUCUCGCAAGAAGCCCAAGCUUGAGCCAUCAGACCAAAGCAGCACCAUCCAUAUCCCUCAGCCACAAGUAUCAACCUUGCAGUCGUCCACAUUGAUACAGCCAGUAUCCUUCUCUCCGUCAAUGCCUUCCGAAUCACGGGUUGAUAACCCUGUCAAAUCUACCGACUCUGCCAUGUCAAGGCCCGACACUAUGCUACGCCCUCAAGUUCCCUCCAAUCAGGCUUAUGACUAUCCUCCUCCCGUCUCAACCCCUACGAUCACAUCACGCUCAUCAAGCAUGUACGACCCCAUCAGAUCUGUAACAAUCCAACGAACAAUUUCCUCUCUUCCGCCCGCGCAAACCACACUGCACCCUGCUCAAACUCCUCCUCGCCCAACCUACAAUCCGAGCACCUCCCCAGCCAUUUCGGGCAUCAUCGAUCAUCCACCGCCACCAGGCCCGUCUAUCUCCACGAUCACAUCGCUAGUCAAUCAUUCAAAACCAGAGCCGAUUCAAAGCCAGCCCAACGGGAAGAUCGUUAAUUCGCCUUACACGACCGUUGUUUCGUCCACCACGGAAGGUGGUCCCAUGAUUCUGGACCAGGCUCCCCCAAAGAAGUCUGCUCCAAUCAAGAAGACUCCUUCCGAGACCCCAACACGCGCCACAUCACCCAAACCCGCUCGGGCGAAAGAGCAACCCCCUCCACCACCGCCAGGAUCAGGCCUGCUUUCCAUGAGCUUGUUCGGCGGUGAUUCUGGAGCCGACUCUCAGAAGGAUGCCAAAGGACCGAAUAUCGUUCUUCAUGUUGAUCUUAAAGACCCGAGCAAUCGAGUGAUCAAUUUCGCCCGCAUGGCCGAAGAAAAGUAUGGCUUUGCCGCCCUAUAUCCCCGUCAGGCCGCCCAAAAAGAACGACUGGCUAAGGUAGCGGCUGCUGGUGCCGCGCUGGAACGGUCAGCCUCAGGCAGCAAGGCGGGAGGCACUUCUGCCGGUGAUAGUGGUGAAGAAGAUCUUAGUGUCGACAUUGACCGAGACUCGGAUAAUGAUGGAGACGUGGCCAUGUCGGGGCUCAACGGUCAAGAGGCGGCAAACAGCGGCACUGAUGCAGCUGAACCCAAACGUCGCCGCAGAAGGAAGGUGGAAGAAUACGAUCAAGAUGAUCCGUUCGUCGACGACAGCGAAAUGCUCUGGGAAGCCCAGGCGGCAGCUAGCAAAGAUGGAUUCUUUGUGUAUUGCGGACCCCUCGUCCCAGAGGGCGAGAAGCCUGCGGUCGAAAGAGCGGACGGAACCAUCAAGCGCGGACGAGGUCGAGGUAGAGGCGGAGGUCCUGGCUCACGAGGCGGGAGGGCUGCUGCAAGUACUACUGAAAAGGGCGCUGGACGUACUACCGGUGCUGGAGCUCGGGGCGGCGGGGUCACUCGAAAACCUCGAAUCACCAAAGCUGACCGAGCACAAAUGGAGACGGAGAAGAUUCAACGAGAAAAGAUGGCCACACUUGUUGCCAAACCGGCAGCAUAUCCCAGCUGAGAUGCCGACAUGUUGAUCUCUUAUGACCUUGUAUUUGCAUAGUCAAAUUUCCCGGGCUGCAACAGGCACUCUUUGUUGUUGGAGCAUAGCGUAGCACCAUUGAUGAGCUGAAGCGAUACUCAUCCACUGCAAUGGGGAACUGUAUUCUCAAGGUCAUCGAAGCUUGAUGACUGUCAUGAUCACACUAGAACCAAAACGACAUUUUGAUCUCCAACAAACCAUUCUUCUCAAGUAACAAUGCCACAGCGUGUCCCCUCUGAACCACGUCACCUUGCAUGG